AUGGCCGCCGCGAUGAGUGCCGCUUCGGCUAACCAGCCCACCGUCUUCCCCCACAGCCAUGUCGGUUUCGACAGCAUCACCUCCCAGAUCGAGCGCAAGCUGCUCAAGCGCGGCUUCCAAUUCAACGUGAUGUGUGUCGGCCAGACGGGUCUGGGCAAAUCCACUCUUGUCAACACCAUCUUCGCCUCUCACCUCAUUGACUCCAAGGGCCGCUUGACCCCCAACGAGCCCGUUCGCUCCACCACCGAGAUCCAGACCGUGUCGCAUAUCAUUGAGGAGAACGGCGUCCGUCUGAGGCUGAACAUUGUGGACACCCCCGGAUACGGUGACCAGGUCAACAACGACCGAUGCUGGGACCCCAUCGUCAAGUACAUCAAGGAUCAGCACUCCGCCUACCUGCGGAAGGAGCUCACGGCUCAGCGGGAGCGCUACAUCCAAGAUACCCGUAUCCACUGCUGCUUGUUCUUCAUCCAGCCCUCGGGCCAUGCCCUCAAGCCGAUUGAUAUUGUCGUUCUGAAGAAGCUCUCUGAUGUGGUCAACGUCGUCCCCGUGAUCGCCAAGGCUGACUCCCUGACCCUGGAGGAGCGCCAGGCCUUCAAGGAGCGGAUCAAGGAGGAGUUUUCCUUCCACAACCUGAAGAUGUACCCUUACGAUAACGACGAGCUCGACGACGAGGAGCGUGCGAUCAAUGCCCAGAUCAAGGACAUCAUUCCCUUCUCGGUGGUUGGUAGCGAGAAGACCAUCGUCGUCGACGGCAAGCAGGUCCGCGGCCGCCAGAACCGCUGGGGUGUCAUCAACGUCGAAGACGAGACCCACUGCGAAUUUGUGUACCUGCGCAACUUCCUGACCCGGACUCACCUCCAGGACCUGGUCGAGACCACCAGCCAGAUCCACUACGAGACCUUCCGUGCUAAGCAACUGCUAGCCCUGAAGGAGAGCAGCGCCGCGGGGGUCACACCAGUGGCAGCCGACCCAUCAGCCCGUCGGCCGAGCGCGAGCUCAGCCGCAACUCCCAGCGGGGCGCCAUGA